GCGACUAGAGACAAGUCGCUGUCAUGCCAAUUCUGCAACAGGAGCUUCGGACGCUCUGAGCAUCUGAAACGUCACAUCUUGACACACNNACCAGAUCCCGAGAGUACCAAUGUCGAGUGUGUAGGAAAGCUUUCUUCAGAAAGCCCAUUGAUAGUCCAAAGGGAUGCUCUUUCUCGACAUGAACAUACGCACCAGAUACCGGGACCAACCCUCCUCCAACGUGGUGGUAGAGCUUGCAUAGCUUGCGCAUCAUCAAAGACUCGGUGCUCAGGAGUAGCACCAUGCACAAGAUGCCAACAACGAUCGUUACAAUGCAGUUAUCCUGAAGUUUCGUCGAAUGAAGACAAUCUGAUGGAAGCUCGGAGAAACAGUUCUCAUAUAGAUCAAGAUACAACAAGAAUCAAUCCAGAAACCAGAUCUGAAGCAUUAAUUGGACAUCCUUCCGACCAGGCCACUUGUACCGCGCAACAAGCUCCUCAGGAGAUUUCACCAUAUGGAAUGGUUCCAAUAUCGCAUGCCGGUCAUAUACUGUCGCAGAUAGACCUUUCGACAUCACAAUUCGAAGGCCCAGCACAUAUCAUAAUGAACAGCACAGAUCAAUACCAAGAGACACACAGCGCGACAGGACUUUAUCCUUCAUUGCCGAUCAACUAUACUGCGAUCAACUGGCUUGGGUUCGAAGAUGGGCUUGGCAUGACUGGAUCGCUGGAUCAUGAAUGGCAGUACCCUGAUCAUAUGUUCAACUUCUAUAUACCUGCUAGUGAUACUCACAGUAUCACUCAAGUGUCUCCCGCUGCCUCUAGGGAUCUCGAAACAGCAACUGGUGGCUCUUCUACUCGCCCUGACGCUAUUGCGACAACGCCUCAGGAUGCAGCCACGACAAGUACCUUGGGUACGGAUGAAACUCCCGCAACGCCUGGACAAUUCUACGCGGAUGGAGGAACAGCUCGACUCCCGCGGAUGAAGAAGCGAAGGGCUAUGUCAAGCUAUGCAGUCCACGAGCAUUCGAGGAAGAAAUUCUCAAUGUUGCUACCUGCAAGUUUGACAUUCUCACCCUCUGAUGACCACUGGCUUGACGAUCAAGGCUAUGCUGAUCUCCAAUCGCAUUACUCAAACUUCUGCACCUCAGCUGUAACAACCUUCGCGCCAUUUGAGAACGUCGAGUUUCCUCAUAAAACCCUGUUUGACUAUUUGUGUGGCCUUUAUAUCGAGAACUGCAGCUCGAUUCUUCCGUUUCUCCAUGUUCCAACACUGAGGCUGCGAAGACACCAUCCUCUUCUCAUUCUGGCUAUGGCCGCUAUAGGCAGUCAUUAUCUCAAGGAUCAGAAUGUGAGUCGAUUUGUACUCUCGAUGCAUGAAUUUAUGCGGAGAAUCCUGUUCUUCGCUCCUGAGUCUUCGGAUGGUUUUCGGCUGGAUCUUGCGACCCAAUACCAGAUCACUUUGCUGCAUGCUGUCGGUGCCACAUACUGUGGUGAUGAAAAUCUGAGAGAUCAUGCUUUUUCCCUCAGGCUGAGGCUUGCGACAUUCUUCUUCAGUGUGAACAGCUCACAAGUGACAACAGCCGGAGCACAGGACGAUUGGCAUCGUUGGGUUGAGAGGGAAUCGUCACUUCGUCUGCGGCACUGCACAUGGCUUAUGGACUGUAUGUGGUCGUUCCAAUUUCAAACACAAACGAUACUCUCGCUUAGUGAUGCAACGCUUGCACUACCGGCGGACGAGAAAAUAUGGAAUGCUACUUCAGCACCUCAAUGGAACCAACUCAUGCGUAACAGGGAGGAUCUGAAGGAUUUAGCUUCAUCUGUUGACGAACUGUACAUCUCUAAGAAAGUUAUGGCGGAUGCCGGUGAGUUUGCUCGUAUACUGCUAAUCUACGGGCUCCAUCGGCGUCUGUCAGAAGUCGCAGUCUAUCACAGUCAGAAGCUGUCGCAUUGGGUUUCGAAGGCACAGAAUUCAGCAGAGACUGCAGUCAUACCAGACACCCCUAUCUGGCUUCCCUCACUUCCUGUGUUUAGACAGUGGCAGAAUCUCACAUGCGAUAGUUUGGACGUCUUACAUUGGACAGCCAACGCCACAAUCGGAGAAGCAAGCGGAUUUGAACAUCCCACCGUCUUGCAUCUGCAUCUUGCUCGAGUCGUCUUGCUUACGCCUAUCCGAGAAAUUGUGAACCUUGCACGCUAUCUUGCUGGCGACAAAGGCGCAAAAUCGGAGGCUGGGGUGAUGGUAGAUCGACAAGCUGUUCAUCGAUGGGCUAUACAGCAUCAGUAUAAGGCACGAUUGGCGGCUAUUCAUGCAGGCGUGGUUUUCUGGCAUGUGCGAAGGUUUUCGGCAAACGCAUUCUAUGAGCCCACGGCUGUCGCCCAUGCAGCCCUAGUGCUCUGGUCCUUUAGUGCGUUCUCUUGGAAGACAGCACCACCGCCCGAUCUGCUGGACGAUGAAUUUCCUCAUGCCGCACCUGCAGAUUCGACUAUCGAGACAGACUGUAAUACUUCGGACAGCGAGAGCUCGUCAGACACCAUCAUCCUUCUCGAUCGUCCAGCAGACGACGAGAUUGUACAAGAGUUUGUUCUGAAUGGUCCUCGAAUGAGGGCUAACAUGACGGGGGUCGGUGACUUGUAUGGCGAGAAAGGACCAGAGCGUGUGGUGAGGGAGGGAUCAAAGAUACUCAAAACGUUGGGCUGCUGGCGUGUCUGGGAGUCUUGGGCAAAAGUGUUGGACAGGCUGGUUGUUGUCUGUAAGCGCGAGAGGAAACGAGCCAAAGAGGCGACUGCGUCGAAUGGUCAGGCCACGUCAGUCUCGAGCACGAGAGAAACUGGCGAA